AAUAAUGAGUAGGCUCUAACUGGCAGUGACGACGAAAAGCUUUUAACUCUCAAAUACACAGACGCUGCUCUGGAGAAGGCAAGUAUGGUCCUUGGACUCAUUCCCUGGUCGUUGUGGGCUGUGCACACUAUAUGACUAAGUAAAGCUUCUGCUUUCCGCUCCUCUGCCAUGUGCACCGCUCCGUUGGUUCAUGGGUCGACAUCGGGGGAGGCAAUGGGGAAGGUAAAUUUAAGGACUUUGGAACAGCUCUGUGAUGGUGGUGAGGCAGAGUCGGUAUUAAUACAGCCUUAUAAUUUUCAAAUGGAAGAGAAAUCCCAAAAAUGCAAUCUGUGUGCCACACGGUGUUCAUCAUACAUGCAUUUUGAACGAGUGGGAGCGAUAAUGGGCAUGAGGACUCGCAACUUUACCAAUAAAGCCUCUCAAGAGGAGAAACCUAAUCAGAAAUCUCCCAAUGAUGGCAUUUUGCUCCCUCGUUCAUUGAAUUGUGCACGCGAGUGUGGGAGGCAUAUAAGCAGUGAGGCGAGUAACAUCUUUAGUGUCUCUAGUCACGAAUCAAUCUCUGAAAUUGCCGAAAGUCAAGCCACUGUUGGGGUUUCUGAUCCUUGUGAAGAUAGCAGAAAAUCCCUAUCAGUUGGAGAAUCUAGUGACACUCCCCAUGGAUCGAUCAAAUUUGAUAAUGAUAUAUUCUCAAAUCACGUUGAGAAGCAUAAAGGGUUUGAUAUCCUGGUCAAUAAUGUCUCAUGCAUCAGAGGAUCAGACAGCACAUAUUUGACAAUAGAUGAGAAUGAAAAUCACGACGAUAUUCAAAACUUCAUUCAACAUCCUCCACUGAAAGGAGUAGUUUAUCCGAGUUUCUUUACUCGUGCUAUCCCACAAAAGGGAGAGUGUUUUGAGUGCUUAGGUGAACAAGAGGGGUCAACACCAGCAAGAGUAGCCAUAUCUGGGUUUAAUGGCCAGAUUGAUGGUGUUUACAGUUACUGUACAUUUUGGAAAGACCAUCUUCAUUUGAAUACUGAAGAUUCAGAUAUUGAAACAGAACUUCAUUUAUACUUCAAGAAGCAUUUCGAGAAGUGUCCUGCUGUGAUUGAAAACACCAGUAUGAAAGGGCAAUGUCAGCCUGAGGACAUCAUGGAUUCAUCAAACUUAACGGAGGAAGAGGUUAGAGUUUGUGAUAUCUGUGGGGAUGUGGGACUGGAGGAGUUACUUGCAAUUUGCAGCAAGUGUACUGAUGGGGCAGAACACAUUUACUGUAUGCGCAUUAAGCUAGACAAAGUUCCUAAAGGUGACUGGACAUGUGAAGAGUGCAUUGUGAGGACAGAUGCUAAGAAACCAGCACACGAUAAAGUCAAGGAGACAACUGGAAAAUUGACAGGGCUUCCACAAUGCCAAAGAUUUGGAAGUGCAGUAAAUAUUGAAUGUAGGAGUAGUUUGAAAAUCAAAUCCAGAUCUCCAUGUGCAGGUGGAAAGGGAACAAAUGAUGUAAAUUCUGUAUCUCUGUUACCAGCAAAGAGACAUGGAGCCCUUUCACAAGCGCAGUCUGUGAAAAAAGCAAAGACCACCCUCACUGCGCUCCAAAGGUCAUCCAAACCCUGCAAUAACUCUCUACUUCAUCGGGACACCUCAUUCAAGAACUUAAAGAAGGAAUUGAAAGAAACCAAGGAAAUUACUUCUGUGCUUCAAGUAUCUUGCAAUGCUUCGGAGAAAGGUAAGGUUCCUAAUGCUCGCGGUGUUAAGAGGUGUGUGGAAGCUUUAGAGGCAGAGUCAGACAGACAAACAAGGGAUCUUGAAACAGAAGUUAUAUCCCCCAAAAAAUCCAAUACAAACAAGCCUUUGCUUCAAAGGGACACCUCGUUCAACUUGAAGAGGGGGCAGAUCAAAGCAUCCAAACAAAUUAGUUCUGAGCCCCAAAUAUCUUGCAACGCUCAGGAGAAGGCAGAGGUUCCUAGUGCUACUGGUGACAAGAGCCAUGUAGAAUUGUUAGAGGCUGAGUCAGAUAAAAUGAAAAGGGAUCUUGAAACAAGAGUUAAAUCUCCCAAAGAAUCCAAAACAAUCAACAACCCUGCACUUCAUAGUGGCUCCUCGUUCAAGGACCUAAAGAAAGGCUCUCUGUUGAAGUCAAGAUCAUCGAACGUUGCAGAUUUGAAAUUGAAAGGACAGCUGCCAAAGAGCUCUCUAUUGAAGUCAAGGUCAUCUAAUGCUGCAGAUUUGAAAUUGAAAGGAGAAUUGACAAAGGGCGGUUCUUUGCAAAAGCUGACAGUUGUGAGAAACCCAAAUAUCCAAGAUAAAAAAGGCCAAAAGGAUUCAAGACUGUUGUCUAAAUCUCUGUCAUUUAACAAUGUUAGGUCUGAUAAAUUAAACACUCCUAGUUCUGAGGUUCUCCUACCUAAUGCUGAUCACUCUGAGGUCUUGAAGAAAUUAGACCAGUCAAAAGAGACACAGAUGGUUAAGCAGAAACGUGCGUCCGGGUUACAAAACCCUUUAUUGGGCUCAACAGUUUCUGAUCCUGGUGUCACUACAUUGAGAAGUAAAAAGGAAUCUUUGCCUUCUGAUGAUGCUUUCAUUUCAGAAUCAAGCAGUCAUAAACAUGCUUCUGUAAAAAGUUGUGGACUACUGGAUAACAGUUUAGAUCCAAGCAGCAACAUCACUCAUAAACCAGCUUCUGAUGAAGGGUCCUACCGCAGAAAUUUGCCCCAAUUUGAUGCAGCAUUUUUUUCUCAAGCUGGUGUUAUACCAGAGCCUGACUGCAUAUGGCUGGGUAAAUUUCAGUUGUACAGUAGGGAGGGACUUGAAAGCUUUUGUGAUGGAAUUCAAGCACAUCUGUCAACUUUUGCAUCACCUGAAGUUCUUGAAGCAGUAGACAAGCUUCCUGAGAUCAUUAUACUGGAGCAAUUACCUCGCUUGAGGACAUGGCCAGUUCAAUUUGUUGAACGUCAGGCCACAAAAGAAAAUAUCACGCUCUACUUUUUUGCGACAGAUCUUGAUAGCUAUAGGACGCACUAUAGUAGAUUAUUGGAGGGCAUGACGAAGAAUGAUUUGGCUCUAAGAGGAAAUUUGGAUGGUGUUGAACUAUUAAUUUUUCCUUCCAGCCUUCUGCCUGAGGAAACCCACCGCUGGAAUAAUUUGUUAUUCUUAUGGGGAGUAUUCAGAGGGCUGAAGGUUGGCAACUCAGUGCGACUCUCAAAUUCUCUGAAGGAAAAGAAUAGAUACAGCGAGAGGACUCUUCCGUUAGAUCUCAAUGCUUAUCCACAAGAUGGAGAAGACACAGAAGGAGUUGAUGAAGGCAGCAAGUGCUGGAGUAUUAAGAAUUCUCCGGGUGAAAUUUAUACAUCUGACAGUCCGGGCACGAAGUCUUCAGGAGGCGGAAUGUUCCUUGGAAGAGAUGGUUAUAGCUCGCAUUUAACUGGUGUGAUGCAAGCAAAUGACAAAAGAGAAAUCAAACCACCAGACGUGGAUCUUGAUCUUUCGCUUUGGCCUAAAGGUGAUGGUGUUGGGCUGUCAACUGGGGUUGGGGACGAUAGAAAUGACGAAGAGGUGCAUGAGGAACCAACAAUGGAUGGCAUGGGGGCGUCGCUUUCAGGAUCCCAUGCGCAAAAUUUGGAGACAGGGGAAGAGACGAAGGAACUCCUGAUUGAGCGGCAAGCUGCGGAUACUUUGAUCUUACUCUCGAAGGGAUUUGGAAAGAUUUAGCCUUUGAAUGGUUGGAUUGUGAAUAGUGAAUAAUGGUAGUACUCGAAUAUGCAAUAACCCUUGUAUAGAGCAUACCAUAGUUAAGCUUCAUAAAGUUCAAUAGUUAUAGUGACAACACCCCGUUAGAUCCUUGAAUGUACAUGCAAUAAACUAAGCGUCGCUUCCUGUUUCGGACUUUCAGUAUAAGCAAACCCUUUGUUGACUUCUCAUAGUUGUCCAUUGAUGCGUCUUGGUGUUGUGUUUAUCAGUAUUACGUACUUGCGUUUUGGUCGUAUGAACGGUUAAUCUGUGCUACAAGUGCUGACAUGUCUAUUUGAGCA